GGUGUAAGGUAGAAAAAAAUAUUUUCAAUAUUUUAGGUUUGUUACAUAGGAAUAAUACUUUGGCAUCCAAAACUUCACCAGAAAAAAAGUUAUACACAAACAACAUGGUGGAUCAGCUGUUUUCGUUUUUCGUUAGUCCUGAAUUGUUUCUUUAAAACGCGUAUUGUUAUGGUUUCAUAGCCAUGUGUGAAUUAAAAUGGGUUCAAUCGCAUCGGUGCUGCAAUGGCAUUGUCAGACAUGCGGACAAAUCAAUCCUACAGAGAGUGUGAAAUGUUUAAAAUGUGGUAUAAAGAGGAUAUCUGGUCAUGACAGUGAUAUACAAAAACGUUAUCAUACCGGUGAUUCGUCCUCGGAAUACGCUUCGCGGACUGAAAAAAGCGAAGGGACGACUCCAGGUUCUGAAGCCAUCGUUAUACCAACAACAAACAAUUUUAAUAGCGGUUGGUCAUGUGUGGGCUCAGCUCCGCUGGCCAGCAGAUCGUGGCGUUGUGGCUGCGGUCUUAGGAAUGUAUCAGCUUCAUGGCGAUGUGCCGCUUGCGACAAAAUCGCCUCACAUGCUCCCGUUUACAGAUUAUCCGAUGACGAGGAUCAAUCUUCAGGGAUGACUGACAAGAAUAAGUCUGAUCAAGAUCACAGUAUGAUAAGAUCCAACACUCUAGCAGUUCCAUCGUAUAAGCCUUCGUCGAGUUAUUCCGGUGGUCCUUUGAAUUUGGACGUUCAGUCUCUUAGGUUGUCUCCGACUCAGAUCACCGAUCACGCCCACGGAGUCACCAGGUCCCUGUCGCACGGUUCCGUGAUCAAUUCACAGCACAAAUGGUGGAAUGUUGAUGAAACCAGAAGUACCAUCAACAGACCCACGAGCUUAUUGGUCUCGGAGAGAUAUGGCACGUCUUCGUAUAACCCAAGGGAGUCGUUUCUGAGAAGCCUUCACACAGUGACGCGUCGUCCCAAAAAGUGUAACGAGAGCAAAUCCAAUUGGGAGUUGAAUUAUGUCAAGGAAUACCAAAGGGAACAAACGAGGGGAUUGCAUCUGAAGAAGUGGGCCUGCAGUAAAUGUACUCUCGAAAAUUCAGGGAUCAGAACCCACUGUGAAGCCUGCUUGUCUCCAAGAAUCUCACCCCUGGCACGUGUUUCUAAUACAAGAGGUCUUAGUGUCACAACUCUGGGAAGACAUGAGACUUUGAGUGGUAAAGAUGGUGCUACUUCUUUGCCAACGUCGGGAGGCAUUAUGAUAACAGUACCAGAUUGGCCGCAGACUGAAAAUAACUUGGGAGACUCCUUUCAGAGGUCAAUCAGUGCUCAAAAUUCACCGGAAACCAGACCGACUUAUCGACGCUCGUUUUCUGAACAGACCAGCGAAACUAGACCCGUCGGUAAAGUGAUAUCUAGUAGGAGAAGUCUAAACGAUUAUCAGAAAUCGCUCGCCAGCUAUUGCAACACACUGACGAAAAGCGACGAAGUCUCAGAGAAAAAAAUCGAUGAAAGCAACGCUGAAUUAAUAGACAAGGAAUGCAGUUGGGAUACUAACGCGGAAGGUGUCAUAUACGCGCUACCCAACAAGGGAAAGUACAAAGAUCUCAACCUGCAACUACAGGUCAACAACAAUGGCACCAGAUAUUCGUACGUUUCGGUCCAAGACACGAAAACUGUUAUGAGCAAUUCACAAAACGAAGUUUUAUACUCCAACGACAUGGGUGACGGCGACUAUGCCAGAAUCGAUGAGCUGUUGGGAGCCGAAAAUUGUAUUUCUCCAGUUGGUGAUAGUAAUAUAAGGACUUCUCAUAUCGGUGCGGGCAAAGAAGCAGGCAAAGUGUAUAAUAUGUUGCCAUCCGUCGGCAAAGUGUCUCACAACCCGCGCGAAUCAGCCAAAGUGCCUACCGCUCAACAAGCUUCUCGCGAGGGUGUGGGCGCGGGGGCCACUCGUAUGUGGCAGUGCGGGGAGUGUUGGUUCGCGUACAACGCGUGGGGCGCGAGGUGCGAUGUGUGUCGCAGUGCUCGAGCUCCGCACGCCGUCACGCUGGCGCCCGGACUGGAGCGAGAUGCGCGGAGCAGACACAAUUCAUCAUCGGAAGCCAGCGGCAAACAGGAAACGAACCGAAACGAACCGCCGAAGAAGUUAACAGUCCCUAUAGCGGCGCUCGACCACGACCUCAACAGUGACGAACUACUGUUCGCUGUUGAAUCUACUCCACCUCCUGAGACCUCGUGGACCUGUGUCCGUUGUACUCUGGACAAUGAACCGGAAGACUCGUCGUGUGCAGCGUGCGCCGCCUCCAGACCCACCGAUAACUACUGGUCGUGCAGUUCGUGCACUCUCCGCAACCCGAUCUCGUGGCGCGUGUGUCGCGCGUGUAAGACCCCGCCCGUCCCGCGCCACGGCCCGCCCGCCGCCGCCGAUAAUAACAGUAAUUGUCGCAGCCCUUCACGCCUGACUCCGCCGCGGAGAGUCCCGCGACACAAGACGCCUCCGCCCGAACAGAAGCCGGAGCCGGCUGAGUGGUCGUGUUCUGAGUGUACGUAUGUUAACUCCGGAGCCGCGCUGGCCUGCGACAUGUGUCAGUCACCGCGAGCCAGGCUGCUGCCCGCCGCGCCCGACCAGGCCUCGCUGGACGACGACGACUCGCCGGAGGGCUCGGACGGCGAGCGCCAGGACAGCACGCCCAUGGAGAUACUGAGGCUGAGGGAGGAGAGCCACGCCUGGGCACAGUGGCAGGAGGUCAUGGCGCAGUGUGCCGCGACUGGUGAGAUGUACGUAGACGAGUCCUUCCCCGCGGCCGCUCGCUCGCUGUACUACGGCGGCGGGGCGGGGGCAGGGGGCCAGGGGGCGGAGCCCGCUGGCGCCGCCGCCAGGUGGCUCAGACCUCACCAGAUACACGUGGACGCGGACCCCCGCCUGCCCUGGGUCGUGUUCAGGGACCCGCGGCCGUCGGACAUAUCGCAGGGCGUGCUGGGUAACUGCUGGCUGCUGUCGGCGCUGGCGGUGCUGGCGGAGCGCUCGUCGCUGGUGCGCGGCGUGCUGGUGAGGGCGGAGCCGGCGCGGGGGGCCUACCAGCUGCGGCUGUGUAAGGACGGCCGCUGGGUCACCGUCACCCUGGACGACAUGCUGCCCUGCAACAGGAAGGGACACCUCGUGUACUCGCAGGCUAAGAGGAAACAGCUUUGGGUGCCGUUGAUAGAAAAAGCUGUUGCUAAACUCCACGGCUGCUACGAGGCGCUGGUCUCCGGGCGAGCUAUAGAGGGUCUGUGUACGUUGACUGGAGCCCCGUGCGAGUCCGUGUCCCUGCAGGCGGGGGGUGGGGCGGGCGGUGGAGCCGGUGGCGGGGGAGGGGGCGCGCCUCUGGAACAGCUGGACAGGGACCUGGUGUGGGCCCAGCUGUUGUCGUCACGACAAGCCUGCUUCCUUAUGGGGGCCAGCUGUGGAGGAGGGAAUAUGAAGGUCGAUGAAGAGGAGUACCAGCGUCUGGGUCUCCGUCCUCGUCACGCGUACUCGGUGCUGGACGUGGUGGAGGUGGCGGGGUACAGUCCGCCGCUCAGGUUGCUGCGGCUGCGGAACCCCUGGGGCCACUACACCUGGAGGGGCGCCUGGGCCGCCAACUGUCCGCGGUGGACCGACCAGCUGAGGAGAGCCCUGCCGGCUAACAACGCCGAUAGAGACCAAGGGGUCUUCUGGAUCAGUUUCGAUGACGUCCUCAAAUACUUCGACUGUAUAGACAUCUGUAAGGUCCGCGUGGGGUGGCACGAGGUCCGGCUGGCGGGCAUCCUGCCGCCGCUGUCCUCCACCCGCCACCUCACCUGCCUGCUGCUCACCGCCGCACAGCCCACGGAGGUCGACUUCACACUCUUCCAGGAAGGUCAGAGGAACUCCGCUAAGAGCCAGCGUUCUCAGUUGGACCUGUGCGUGGUCGUGUUCCGGACCAAGUCGGGGUCCAACGCGCAGGUCGGCAAGCUGGUCGCUCACAGCAAGAGACAGGUGCGCGGCUUCGUCGGUUGCCACAAGAUGCUGGAGAAGGGUUUCUACCUGGUCGUGUGUCUGGCCUUCAACCACUGGCACACCGGCCUGGAGGCGGAGCGAGCUCUGUGGCCUCGGCACGUGUUGGUCGCUCACUCGUCCAAGCCGCUGGGAGUGUCCCGCCCGAGCCUCCACCCUCAUCUCUUGGCCGACGCGAUCAUAGGACUCACCCUGGCCAGGGGACAGCGACACGAGGGCCGGCAGGGGAUGACGGCGUACUACCUCACUAAGGGCUGGGCGGGGCUGGUCGUGAUGGUGGAGAACAGACACACAGACAAGUGGAUCCACGUGAAGUGUGACUGUCAAGAGAGUUACAACGUAGUGUCGACACGCGGGGAACUCAAGACGAUAGACUCCGUCCCUCCUCUGCACAGGCAAGUGAUCAUAGUCCUGACGCAGUUGGAGGGUAGUGGGGGGUUUUCUAUCGCGCACCGCCUCACUCACCGCCUGGCCGCCGCCGCGCGCCUUCACGACUGGGCCCCGCGACCGGACGACGCCCCGCGACACAGACCGCCACUCGCACGGAGACUAAGCGGACUGCACGCGCCUAGACUCAUCACAUAGACUAGUCUAGACUAUACCACGCGACAAUACCUCGAACCAGUAGUACUCCCUCGUCGAUGGAACAGCGGCCCGUACUGAUAUUGAAUGCACGAAUAAAUGAUAUAAAUAGAUUCAUCGGCACACCGGUCGCUACAGGUCGGGCUUGAAGCGUGUUUGUAGAUUGCACAAGUUUAAUAUAGGUUGUUGGUGAAUAAUGUUAAGUCCCUCUGUAACUAUUAAUGAACAGAUCCGAUUUAUGACCAUCGUAAGUAAUUGAUAGACCCCGGUCAUCUAUUACAGACCUUUCUCUGUCCGAGGCCCUUAAAAGCUCUCUUUAAAUGAACACUCGAUGAGCUACUUCGGACGCCUGCGCAAUUUUAAUAGCAAUGUAUAAAAUACGUAUGAGUACAUGUUUGCUUUAAAUCGUAUAUAGGCUCUCUGUUUAAUUGUGCAAUCUCAGUUACAAUUGUAUUAUAUAAAAUACUUCUAUAAUUUCAAAUCCCUUUAUUCUUAUUUAAUCAGCAUCUGAACCGUACAGUCUAAGACUCUGUCUAUAAACCAUUCUGUUAAUGAUCAUUCAAACGAGAGUAUCGUUAGUGUCUUAAUGUAUAUAUAGUGAAAUUUCUUUUAACAGUGAAAUGAUAUCUCUCGCUCCAAAAUUGAUUGCCAUCUCAACUGUUCGGGCAAUUACAACGAAUUUACCCUUCAUAUCAACAUAUCUGAGAGAAUUCUUAGUUUUCUGUUAUGUCUACUAAAUUCUCUUCCUUAACCAGUGACACGGCAUACUUGAAUAAUAACAACAAAUAAGAUUAUGAGCCGCAUUAGAUUACAUUUUAUAUAAAAUUUUUGGUAAAUAUCAAAAUCAAUUUUCAAUGAUCAUUAAAAAUCAUUAAAAUAUAUGUUUUAAGAAUAAUAUAUUAUAAUAGUUUUUAUUUCAUCUUUUGUAGAUCAUACUUUAUCUAUUUUACAUCUUAUUUAUUAUUUAUGAAGCAGUACUUUAAGUCUAAUUGAGAGAGGCUACCAACUGCCAUGUUUUAUGAGAAUUAAUUUAGAUACAUCUCAUUAUAAUAAGGUUUGAAGAGUUAGUAACGCACACGUGGUUAGCUAACUGUUCGGUUUAAAUUUUGACAGAUACUUUUCUAUAGCUAGCCACGGUUUUUGACAUUAAAAUAUAGUUACAGAAACUAGAUCUAUAAUAGAUGCUAGAUGACUAUCUAGACAUAUAUUUUUACAUAAAACAAACAUUUAAUAAGUACUACAAGUAAAAAGAAAUUAGAAUUAAUUAAAAAAAAAAUGUCCAUAACAUUCGGAAAUAAAAAAACUAUUGUAGAAUUAAUAUGAUAAUGUAUCCAAAAAUGUCAUGGGAUGAGAAGUAUGCAUGUAAUCAUCUUUUAGUAAAUUGCAUAUGCAUCAGUAAAACGUACAACCAAUAUGCAAAAUCAACGCAUAUUGUCAGAAUCAUAACUUUAUACUUCACAUAAGGCGCACACAAACACUAUGCAUUAAGUAUGUAUUUAUUACUGUCAUUAACUCUCUAAGGCACUCUGCACACGGAGUAAUGUUUAAUGCGUUGUAAUUAGCUUGUUAGUGUUAAAAAUGACUUAGUUUUUAUUAUCAUGAUAUAUGAUGUGCAAUCUUUGAAACAAUAAUCGUCUGUUAGUGCCUUUUCACACAGUCCGUUUGAUUUUCUUUUUGACGGUUUAGUGUUGUAGUGUGAAAGGGCUUUAUAAUAUUUGGAAUAAGAAAAUUACGUGUUAUGUAUUAAAAGUUUUGUAUGUUUGCGAGCUGUGAAUUAUUUAUUUUCUAGAAAUUUUAUUAUGGAUGCAACAAAAUCCAUUCCGAUACUCAGUUUUGUGAUUACUUUCUUGCCGUUUACUCAAUAGUUUUGUUUUUGUGAAACACAAACUAUUAAGCUGUAGUUUAGUGAUGAAGUAAGCUAGUGGGUUAUUUUAAUGAAUUGUAACUUAGUAAUAUUAGGGCACAUGUAAAAAAAAAAAAACCAUUUCUAUCGGCUAACUUUGUACUAAUUUAGUUGGGUGUCUUUGUACACAGCUUUUUGUAAACAUUUAUCGACGGUGUAUUGAAUUAUGUUUUAGAUUUGUUUUAUAUAAUAUUUGUAUGAAAAUUUUUGUUAACUGAAUAUGUAAUGUGUAGCGGUUGUUUUGUAGAGGCUUAUUUGACAUAUACAGUAUGUGGAUGCAUGUUAUAGUAACGAUAAGGGAAUAAAGUUAUUUAAUUUGA